GCUGAAUCCUGUCCUUCACAGUAGGCUCAGUCAAAGGAGACCCAGUUCUGAAGCAAAGAAAAAAAAGUUGAGACAGCAUAGCUGAGAAGGCUUUCUUUCCACUUGUCACACUUCAGAGGUUGGGAGUAGCCAAAGAGGACACUGGUGAGGUAGUUUCCUCUUGAAAUAUUGCACAUGUGGUUCAGAGAGAACCUCCCUGCCUAUCCUCUAUGCUGUGACUGCUGUGUCAUUUCUGCUGUGGAUCAUAAUCUUCGCCGUUAUGAUUUCAAAAUAUUCAGAGAUGGCCAAGGAAUUUGAACAGCUGCAUAACAAUCAAACUCUGCUGACAGCAAGUGGUGCCAGGAUGGAAAAGCAAUUGGCGGGACUCCAUUCUGAUCACUCCAAGGAUGGAUCAAGGCUAACUGAACAGUUGAAGAAGCUAGAGGCUAAGCAGGAUACAAUGAAAAAGGAGGUGUACAAACAUCUGACGGAUUUGGAUGCUGCAGAGGAAAGGAUCCAAGAAGAUACCUUUAAGCUGCAGGAAGCACUAUACAAGAUGAAUGUCUCAGCCUGCCGCGUUUGUCCUGAGGGCUGGUUGCUGAACAGAGGAAGCUGCUACCUUUUCCAAAAAAUGAACCAACAUUGGUCUUUUGCCCAAAAGUCAUGUACUGAUGAAGACAGCUCCUUGGUUGUCAUCAAUGAUGCUGAAGAGCAGAGUUUUCUCACUUUACACUCAGAAAAAAAGAUCUACUGGAUUGGUCUCAGUGACAUGAACUCAGAGAGCACAUUUACCUGGGUGGAUUACACUUCUACAUCGUACACCCAUUGGAAUCCACGGGAACCCAACAAUGCUGGCCGGGGGCAAGACUGUGUUGUGAUGACCGGUACUGGCUGGUGGGAUGACAUUGAGUGUGGAGGCAACGCCGAUGGCUGGAUUUGUGAACAGGCCUGGAAAUGCUAAGUGACCAGCAGGAACAGAACUGAAAAUAACUCUUAAGUGCUUGAGUCUUUGUUGUCACAGACUGUCAACAAUGCAAAUGUUGGCUUCCUUCUGGGUGGUGGGUUUGAUCAUCACUUGGAAAUCUCACUGUUUGAACUGGAUCAAGGAAGUAGCAAUAAGUCAGCAGAUAGCUAAGAUUCCAGACAUAAUUUCUAGCUAUUUUCCACAGUCCACUUGACAUCAUUCAAUUUCCUGAACUGGAGGUAAAAUUCAAAGGUCUCAGCUUCAGUCCCAGAGUCUUUUAUUUAUUUGGUUUACUAGUGAGAUUAAUCUAGUUCUCACAUACACAACCUAACCCAAAAGCCAAUUAUUAACCUUAUAUAGUAGGCUCAUUUUUUAUAGUAUACAGAAUGAAGAGGUCCAGUGAGUUGCUAUCAGGAAAAGGGCCUUCUUAUUAGUAACACCCUAACUGUAGAAUUUGUUUCUCAUGAAACCUCACCUGCCAUAUACUUUCUAGUAAUUAAAAUAACAAGGUCCUCUUUGCUGUGGCUCCCUAAUCAAAGCAAACCUGUUUUAUCUCCAUGAGGUUCAUGCUUCCUCAAAUUUCAGAUUCUCUUCCCUUUAGCCUGUACAUUUUUUUAAAAAAAAGUUUCAAUUCUUUUUCUUGUACUUUUGGAUUUUGUACUGCCGGUGUGAUAUAGUGGUUUGAAUGUUGGACAACAACUCUAGAAAUCUGGGUUCAAAUCCCCACUCAGCCAUGGAAACCCACUGGAUGACCUUAGGCAAGACAUAUUCUCUCACCC